AUGUCGAGUCACAAUGACGACGAAUCCGAACGUGCCGAAACCUCGCGCCAGCAUUCAUUCCCAUUGAACGCCAAUUCCUCACAUUCAGGCGCCGGUGCCGAAGAGCAACGAGAUCCGAGUAGUAGCUGGAGUCCUAGGCGAACAAACACUGCGAACUCUGCGUAUCGCGUACGCUUUUCAAACGAUGUUGCACUCGACGAAGUGCCCCUACGAACAAAUACCUUUGUCCCCACGAACUCAGACGUACAAAUGGACCCCGAUGACCCCACCCAAACUCGCGCCUCACCAUCGACUCCGGCCGGUAACCGAGGCGAAAGGCGUCAUGUAGAGUACGCACUUGACGAUACGCCAACGGAGAGGAAAAGGUCGCAGAGUUUAGUUGAACCUGGCAAGAGAAGUCAAGAGACGGACGACUCGGGCCGUGAUACUUCGUUUCGGCUGAACAACUACUAUGCAUGGAUCAGGCGACAACAACAGCGAGCCCGAGGGCCACGAGCGAAUUUUGAAGAGCUCUUCAAUCGAUACUACCAGAAAUGGAUUAUUGAAGGGCUCCUGCGUCAGAAGCCUCUCCCACCGAGUCGCGAUGGCCGACAUAUACCUAUCAGCGCAGGUGGCGUUCGCAAGGAGCAGUUGGUCGAUGAGCGCAGUGGUAAACCCUAUAUUUCCAACUUCAUACGCUCUAGUCGCUAUACCAAAUGGUCCUUCGUGCCCAAGCAGCUUUAUUUCCAGUUCAGCAAACUUGCCAACUUUUAUUUCCUGAUAAUUGCUGUACUCCAAUUAAUACCGGGUCUGAGCACCACGGGCUCCUUCACCACCCUCAUACCACUACUUAUUUUCGUUUCGAUCAGUAUGGCGAAAGAGGGUUAUGACGAUUAUAGAAGGUAUAUCCUCGAUAAAACGGAGAAUCUGGCUCCGGCGUAUGUGCUCGAUCCGGACGAAGCUGUCGAGAAAACACCUCGUAAAAAGUCAGUACUAGGGAUGGCUAAGAAGCGCCGUAGUAGAGGGCAGGAUGAAGAAGUAGGAAUGACGGAGUUACAAAGUAUCAGGGGACGCCACGACGGAUCUUCAUGGUCUGCAAUUCAAUGGCAGGACCUCAGGGUGGGUGAUAUCAUUCGAUUACGAAGAGACGACAGUCUCCCAGCAGAUAUCGUGAUUCUGCAUGCAACUGGACACAAUGGAGUCGCCUAUAUCGAAACGAUGGCGCUUGAUGGCGAGACAAACCUGAAGAGCAAACAAGCCUGUUCUUUGUUAGCAGAUCAAUGCGACACGAUUGAGAAGAUAAGAAAUUGCAAUGCAAAGAUCGUCUCCGAAGACCCCAAUGCCGAUCUUUAUAGCUUUGAGGGCCGUGCGACUCUGGAUGGAGAAACUCGACCUUUGACCUUGAACGAUGUUGUAUACCGAGGUUCAACUCUACGAAAUACCGAUGAACUAAUUGGAUUGGUUAUCAAUACGGGCGAAGAAUGCAAAAUACGUAUGAAUGCCAACAAGGGUGUUGGUGCCAAAGCGCCCAAGAUGCAGGGCUUACUCAAUCGCAUCGUCAUACUCCUUGUUUUUGUCGUUCUCACUCUCACAGUGGGAUGUAUGGGUGGGUAUUAUCUUUGGAGGAGAUCUUACGAAAGACAUGCCCCCUAUCUUCAGGGCGCUCAGGUGCCAUUUGCACAUAUCUGGUUUGGGUUCAUCAUUGCCUUCAAUACUUUAAUUCCUCUGUCUCUAUAUGUAAGUCUCGAAAUCAUCAAAUUAGGACAGUUCUUCCUACUGGGUGACGUGGAGAUGUAUGAUCCCGAGACCGACACACCGAUGGUUGUGAACACCACUACUAUCCUGGAGAACCUGGGUCAAGUCAAUUAUAUCUUCUCUGAUAAAACUGGUACCUUGACAGAAAACAAGAUGCGCUUCCGGAAACUCAGCGUUGCAGGCACGGCAUGGCUGCAUGACAUGGACUUACAACAAGAUGAGCAAAAGAAAGCACAGAUGUUGAAGGGAAAAGGUCUAGGCGGGCAGGUUGAUGGUGAAUCUGGUGUGGCUACUAUUCCCGACAGAGACGAACGUAUUGAGACCCCUUUGAUUAGCCAACACCCUUCGAGCUUUGCUGGGAGGUCAGGGGCUCGAUCCGAACACCCUCUGUCCAUACCAAAGACGGAAGCCAUGCUGCAUUAUAUUCACCAGAACCCGAACACUACCUUUUCAAAGAAGGCUCGACAAUUUUUAAUCUGCGUGGCUAUUUGCCAUACCUGCUUACCGGAGAUCAAAGAUGACGGCGAAAUUGCUUUCCAAGCAGCCUCGCCAGAUGAACUCGCGUUGGUGCAAGCUGCGCGAGACUUAGGUUACCUUCUGAUCGACCGCUCAACCCAGUGUAUUAAAAUUCAAUUUCGUGACCAGGAUGGAGAAGUUAUUACAGAGACAUAUGAUGUGUUGGAUGUGAUCGAGUUCAGCAGCAAGCGGAAGCGAAUGUCGAUUGUCAUACGUAUGCCCGAUAACAGCAUUUGCGUGUUCUGCAAAGGUGCUGAUAAUGUCAUGAUACCCCGUCUAAGAAAUGCACAACUCGCCAAACAGAAAGCAUCUGCUGUGGAGCGGCGAGCCAGCAAGCGAAAGAGUGUGGAAGUUGAGAGAGCCAUGAGUCGCUUAAGUGGCACUUAUAGCCCUAGAAAUAGCAUAAGCAGACACGCGAGCAUAUUCCGAAGAACCAGUUGGCGUAGAUCUACGGAGGCUAAUCGUCGUUCCGUUAUUUCUGACGACCUUGACACUUGGUUAACGAGGCGCGAAACUCUCGAUUUGGAUGAUGUUGCAAGGUACGAUAUGGAUUUGAAUGCACCCCGCCGAUCCCUAGCUCUAUCGCCAGUGUUGGUUGCCGGAUCCGAUCAAAUCUACGAUGGGAUUGUAGACGAGUCUCUCGCUGCUGACGACGGCGCCAUUUUUGAGAGAUGCUUUCAACAUGUCGGCGAGUUCGCCUCUGAAGGUUUGAGAACCCUCCUUUUCGCCUAUCGAUAUAUGAAUGACGGUGAGUAUGAGGAGUGGAGGAAAGUCUACCGAGACGCGACUACAAGUCUGGUGGACAGGCAACAGCGCAUUGAGGAUGCUGCCGAGCUCAUCGAACAGAACUUUGACUUGGCUGGCGCCUCUGCCAUCGAGGACAAGCUUCAACAAGGCGUUCCUGAAACGAUUGAGAAGCUUCGUAGGGCGAACAUCAAAGUAUGGAUGCUUACUGGAGAUAAACGUGAAACUGCCAUCAAUAUUGCGCACUCGGCGAAGCUGGCCAAGCCCUUCUCCGAAAUGUACAUCCUUGAUGCCUCAGAAGAUGAUCUGCAUGAGAAGAUAACUUCGACUCUGAUAGAUGUUGGUCGAGGCCUGGUGGCUCAUUCCGUCCUCGUCGUCGACGGCCAUACCUUAGGCAUGAUCGAAAAGGACGAGUCCUUGAAGAUAAUGUUUUACGAUCUCGCUGUGCGUAUAGACUCUGUCAUCUGCUGUCGAGCUUCUCCGUCCCAAAAAGCUAGCUUGGUGAAGGCAAUUCGCGAAACAGUGCCGUCAUCGCUGACUCUAGCUAUCGGUGACGGAUCCAACGAUAUUGCUAUGAUCCAAGCAUCCCAUGUUGGCAUCGGUAUAUCUGGCCGCGAGGGACUCCAAGCUGCCCGUGUCGCCGACUAUUCCAUCGCUCAAUUUCGAUUUCUCCAAAGGCUCCUCCUUGUCCAUGGUCGCUGGAUGUAUCUGCGCACCGCAAAGUAUAUACUUUCCACAUUCUGGAAGGAGAUAGUAUUUUACCUAAUCCAAGGUCAGUACCAACACUGGAAUGGCUACACGGGUACAUCGAUCUUCGAAUCGUGGAGUUUGACGGUGUUUAAUGCACUCUUCACUUCUCUACCGGUUAUCCUGCUUGGCAUAUUCGAAAAGGAUCUGAAAGCCGAGACUCUACUAGCCGUCCCCGAGCUCUACUCGUUUGGGCAGCGGAGUGAGGCAUUCAACUUCAAGAAGUAUAUAGCCUGGAUGUUCACGGGCGCCGUCGAUACUGUUAUUAUCUAUAUGAUGGUUUGGGGCUUCUUCAAAGAUAUUCUCUUCACCGAGAACAAUUCGCUUUUCCCGCUCGGGCAACUAGCUUUUACAGUUGCCGUGGUUAUUAUUAAUGUCAAGAUCUUGAUCCUGCAGUGCCAUCACAAGACAGUAAUCACAUUCGUUGGGUUUUUCCUUUCGGUUCUUGGCUGGUUUGUGUGGAAUUUAUUUAUUAGCGCUGCCCAUCCAAUAAGCUUCGGACCUUAUAUUGUGCGCGGCUCUUUCGUACACGAAUUUGGGAACAAGCUGGGCUGGUGGACAAUAGCUGGAGCUACGACCGCGGCUGUGCUUGCGUUCGAACUGGGCCUCACGGCGUUGCAGCGAAUCUACUUCCCCCGUGAUGAACACUUGUGGCAAGAGAUUGAGCGUGAGGGAGGCGUCUCAGAAGUUUUGAAAGAGCAUGCGGCCGAAGAAGGGCGUGCUGUGUCUAUUGACGCGGGCGCGGAACAACAGGUAGAUGGUGGUGACGACUCGGAGCAAUCACACCCUCUAACCCCUGUUAUGAGCCAAGAAUCAUCGGGCGGGAACGGGCCAAACAAUAUUUUCAUACCGCCCAUAUCGAUGAAACGAAGUCGUCGACAAAAAGCCGGCGCUGGUGCACAUGGGCCGGUGGUACCUAAGAGCAAACGGAUACAGACGGUAUGA